AUGCCUGGAGCAACGAAACCCAACCUCGAGGUCAAUUGGAACGCGAGCUCUCGUCAGUAUACUUUCAGACUUCCGCGUAGUUAAGAUCAGAGGUACACGUACGCGGCAGGACACUGUGCACUCUGUUCAGAGGUUUAAAAAAGAAAAGGUGAAAGUUGCAAUCAUUGCGUAUCAAUCAGCAUGGCCAACGAUCCAGCGUUUCUGGUUGGGGUCGAUGUCGGUACCGGCAGUGCACGGGCCGCUCUAGUUACCAGUAAAGGUGAAGUGCUACAAACUUGUGUAAAACCCAUUCGGACGUGGAACACACAGCCCAAUUACUAUGAACAAUCAUCGGAAGAUAUUUGGUCCGCGGUUUGCGAGUGUGUCAAGAAUGUUACCACCGGCUAUUCAAAGGAGCACAUUAAAGGGAUUGGAUUUGAUGCGACAUGUUCGCUAGUAGUGCUAGAUGGCGAAAUGCAACCAUUGACGGUUUGCCCAUCGUCCAAGGACAACCAGCGCAACGUUAUUCUCUGGAUGGAUCACCGAGCAGAGGAGGAAGCUCGCUUAAUUAACGCGACGCACCAUGAAAUGCUUAACUAUGUCGGUGGUACCAUUUCCCUCGAAAUGGAAGUUCCAAAGUUGCUAUGGCUUAAACGACACAUGUACAACGAGGCGUGGACCAAAGUUGGCGCGUUCUUCGAUCUACCCGACUACUUAACGUUCCGCGCAACCGGAGUCGAUCAUCGAUCGAUUUGUUCGGCCGUCUGUAAAUGGAAUUACGAUGCAGAAAACCGCCGUUGGUCGGAAGAUUUCCUUCAAUCGAUUGAUUUGCUCGAAGAUUUGCGAGUUGAUAAUUGGCGACGUAUCGGCACCCAAAUACUAACUCCAGGAACAUCGAUCGACGAGGGACUUUCACGAAUUGCCGCACAAGAGCUUGGUUUGCUGCCUGGGACGGCUGUUGCUAGUUCCAUGAUCGAUGCUCAUGCUGGAGCGCUAGCACUUUUGGGAUGUCAAGGGCCUAGUGGCGCAGGAGACGCAAAUAAGCUAACCACUAAACUGGCUAUCAUAUGCGGAACGUCAUCUUGUCACAUGAGCCUUACUAGAAUGCCUGUACUGGCUCCAGGAAUAUGGGGUCCAUACAAACAUGCCAUCAUACCGGAUCUGUACCUAAACGAAGCAGGUCAGAGUGCUACGGGUGUGCUAAUAGAUUACAUGCUCCAGACUCAUCCUUGUUACGAACAGCUACAGAAGGAGCAUGGUUCUAAUGGAAAGAUUUAUGCAUUCCUCAAUACAUUCCUGAAUGAGUUGGCUCAGAAGCAGGGAGAAAAUUCGCCUCACCGAUUAACGAUAGAUUUGCACGUUUGGCCAGAUUUCCACGGCAAUCGAUCUCCGUUGGCCGAUCCCAAUCUUAAAGGAAUGAUAUCUGGUUUGACAAUGACAAAAGAUGUUCAUAAUCUUGCAUUGCUGUACCUAGCGCUCAUGCAAGCGCUGGCUUAUGGAACGCGUCACAUACUACAGGUUUUGGAAUCUUCCGGCCGUGAGCCAAUCGCUUCGAUCCUGUUGUGUGGGGGUUUAAGCAAAAAUGCGCUUUUUGUUCAAACUCAUGCCGAUAUUUGUUCUGUGCCGGUUCUGCUUCCCAGUGAACCAGAAGCAGUGCUGCUUGGGUCCGCUAUGAUGGGGGCCUAUGCAGCUGGGCUGUAUGAUAGUUUGGAGACGGCAGCAACAGGGAUGGGUGGUAGUGCAACCGUGGUAAAGCCGGAUCUGAGCGACAGCAAUCGCGAUUAUCACGAACGAAAGUAUCGCGUUUUCCAGCGGAUGUACCUUGACCAGCGUGGGUACGAGCGCAUUAUGAAAGGUUAAUGUUUAUGCUGAGAUGACCCUCCAUCUAUGAAUACACUCCAACCAAAAGCUAUUGCAAAACUUUACAUUUAAGCCCAACUUUUCCAAUUAUAUUCUAUACUUGCAACGUUUAUAAGUACCUUAGAAAAAGCAACAAUAGCAACGUGUAAAAUAAAACAUGGGAUAACUACAGUAAAAACCAUACAUUUACGAAAUAAAAGCGGCUGCUUUGGUUUCAAUGACCGUUCGGCACACUGGACAGUGUAA